AUGAGGGAAACGCUCACUGAAGAAGGCAACCUCGAAAAGGCCGCCCAAAUUCAACUGGAACUCCAGCGCCUAGAAUCGGUGGCUGAUGAGCUGGACCGCAAACGCCAAGGCUCGACGAUGGGUAUCACUUGGAUUAACAAGCGCAAUCGCAACUUGAUGAAGGAAGCCUUCCUUGGUGACAAAACGGUCAUCGAUUUGACCCGUGGCGACGAUCCAUUCACUCGUAAAAGCACUCGGAUGAAGGUAGUCUGUGGUAAAGGCGGAUCAAGCAGCCAAAAUUCAGCGGAAUCGCAAAACACUACCGAGGUGAUCGAUUCGGUGCAACAACGUCUCGAGGAACUUGCUUCUGCUGAACCGUUGAAGCAGACUGGCGACGGACCUUAUUCCGGGGUCACCUGGGCCGAGUUCCACGCCAAGCUGAAGAUGGAAGUCGAUCUAAAUAUGCCAAUACGCCAAAAGGCUAAGGCUGCUGAACCGGAAGAGCCGGAACGUGUCAAGGGACGUGCGAUGUCGCUCGAGGAAUACAAGCGGCUGCGACAAGCCAAGCCGUCUAACUCC